AUGGCAAUCCUUAAAAUAAGCAAAAAACAUCACAAACGUUUCAACAAUCCUUUCCCUUCUGCACCAACAACUCUCCCUAAUGUCCAAGGCUCAUUAUUCAUCAAUUCCAAAGCUUUAUCUUCACAAGAUCAAACCUUUUCAAUUGGCAAUGAUUUUCAACUUUUUUGGUCCAAUAUCAAUGGUGGGCACCUUUCAAUUUCACAUCUUUCUCAGAAAAACAGACCCAUUUGGUCAACAAUCUCAGGAAAAGCUUUUGUUUCAGCUGCAGUGGUUGACACAGAGAUUGAAGAAAGUAGAGGUUCUUUUCUUGUUAAAGAUAAAGAUGUUCAUGUGAUUUGUAAUCAUCAAACUAUUGAUGAUAUUAGGAUUAUUGAUCAAUUUGGUGAUCAUUUGGAAUAUGAAGUUGAAGAUUUGGAUCAGAAAAGUUAUGCAGAAGAGAUAAAGUUACCUACUUUGUUGAUCACAGGAAGGCUUUUCAAUAUGAGUAAGAAGAGUAAAAGGUUUCAAAAAUAUGGAAUUCAAGGAAAUAUACAGUUUGAAUCAAAAGGGCCAUUUGUGUAUGCAAGGUAUUGGGUUUUGUUCAAUCAGAAAAAUAAGCAUGAAGUUGGUUUUCAAGUGAAGAUUGAGAAACUCAACUUUAGUUCAAGCAAUAAGGUGUCUUCAGAAGGUUCUGGAAUUUACAAUGGUUUCAAGAAGAGGUUGAGUAAUAGAAAAAAGAGGUUAGGUUGGUGUUGGUAUCUUUCAAGGCCAAGAGGUUUUGUUUUGGUUUCGUCGGUUGAGGAUGAAAUAGGAGACAUGAAAAUACCUAAACCAAAAGAAUUCAAUAGGGUUUGGUUGACAUAUGAAAGUGAUGAGAAUGAAAGGUUUUAUGGUUUUGGAGAGCAGUUUUCUCACAUGAAUUUUAAGGGCAAAAGGGUGCCUAUCUUAGUUCAAGAACAAGGUAUUGGAAGAGGAGAUCAACCUAUCACUUUAGCUGCUAACUUGGUUAGUUACAGGGCAGGAGGUGAUUGGAGUACAACAUAUGCUCCUUCUCCAUUCUACAUGACAUCAAAAAUGAGGUCUCUUUACCUUGAAGGAUAUGAUUAUACCGUCUUCGAUCUUACUAGACUUGACAGAGUACAGAUACAGAUAUAUGGAAACUCGGUUGAAGGACGGAUAUUGCAUGGGAACACACCUUGUGAGCUGAUUGAACAUUUCACAGAAACCAUUGGAAGGCUACCUGAGCUUCCAGAGUGGAUAAUAUCUGGUGCUAUAGUUGGAAUGCAGGGUGGCACUGAUGCUGUACGUCGUAUUUGGGAUGAAUUAAGAACUUAUGACGUUCCUGUCUCAGCAUUUUGGUUACAGGAUUGGGUAGGGCAGAGAGAAACAAUGAUUGGCUCACAACUUUGGUGGAAUUGGGAAGUGGAUGACCAAAGAUAUUGGGGUUGGAAGGAACUUAUCAAAGAUCUUAGAACUCGAAAUAUAAAAGUUAUGACAUAUUGCAAUCCCUGUCUCGCUCCGGUUGAUGAGAAGCAUAACAAAAAGAGAAACCUUUUUGAGGAGGCAAAACAAUUGGACAUAUUGGUGAAAGACGGUAAUGGCAAUCCGUACAUGGUUCCCAAUACUGCCUUUGAUGUGGGAAUGCUGGAUCUAACUCACCCAAAAACUACAACUUGGUUCAAGCAGAUUCUACUUGAAAUGGUGGAUGAUGGAGUUAGAGGAUGGAUGGCUGAUUUCGGCGAAGGCCUGCCCGUUGACGCCGUUCUAUAUUCAGGUGAAGAUCCUAUUUUAGCUCAUAACAGAUAUCCAGAACUAUGGGCCAAAAUCAACAGAGAAAUUGUGGAAGAAUGGAAAAGUAAGUCCUUGGACAAGUCGAAGGAAGACGAAGAAGAUGGCUUGGUUUUCUUCAUGAGGGCUGGAUUUAGAGAUAGUCCUAAGUGGGGGAUGCUAUUUUGGGAAGGAGAUCAAAUGGUCAGUUGGCAAGCAAAUGAUGGAAUAAAGAGUUCUGUUGUUGGCUUACUUAGCAGUGGAAUUUCUGGCUAUGCCUUUAAUCACAGUGACAUUGGAGGUUAUUGUACAGUUAACUUACCUAUUGUUAAAUACCGAAGAAGUCAAGAAUUGCUUUUGCGUUGGAUGGAGCUUAAUUCUUUCACCACGGUCUUCCGCACUCACGAAGGAAACAAACCAUCAUGCAAUAGUCAGUUUUACUCAAAUGAACAAACACUGUCACACUUUGCGCGCUCCGCAAAAAUAUACACAGCAUGGAAAUUUUACCGAAUGCAACUAGUGAAGGAAGCAGCACAGAAAGGAUUGCCUGUAUGCCGGCACCUAUUUCUCCAUUACCCUAAUGAUGAACAUGUGCAUAACUUUAGUUAUCAACAGUUCUUGGUUGGUUCUGAGUUCCUAGUGGUUCCUGUUCUUGACAAAGGAAAGAAGAAAGUUAAAGCUUAUUUUCCAUUGGGAGAGAGUAGUAGUUGGCUACAUAUUUGGACAGGAAAAAUAUUUUCCAAACAAGGAAGUGAGUCAUGGAUAGAAGCUCCGAUAGGUUAUCCUUGUGUGUUUAUUAAGGUUGGUUCCAUUAUUGGAGAAACCUUUUUGAGUAACCUAAAAAAUUUAGGAAUUCUUUAAUGAAGCAUUCAUUGAAGAAGAUUGAAUCUCAACCAACUGAGUCUCGCAGAAGGAGUUAGACACUCACAACGAGGCGAACCAAUGUUUGGAUUUCGGCUGGGAGAAGUGUUCAUAUUAAGUGUCCACAACGCCUCAAAUAGGAUUACUUCCAAUGGAGGGAACCUAUAGUUUGUAAGUAAGUUUUCAAUUUAUGGUUGUAAAUCACUUGUAUAUCAUUGUAAUUAAAGCUAGUGUACAGAAAUAGGUGGAAGAAAUUGAUAUUCAAUUAUUUGGCACCACAAAGGGUUCAUGAACAAGAAAACAAUGUAUAGGAAGAUAAAAGUAACUUAAUUAUGUAUAUGAUGCUAUCUGACCUAUAAAGUGGUGUUGAGAGCAA